UGUUUUGUUUUUCACGGAAAUGAAAAAACAAUAGGAACAGCGCAAAUAUUUUUCCAUUGCAGACAUGUGGUGUAUGUUUGCUUUAAGCUAUUUAGUAUAAAAUGGGCCAGUUCGAAUGUGAAAUCGUAAGUAAUAAUCUGACUGUGAAUCCCUAGUGUUAUAAAUUUGCUGUGAAAUUUAGAGAAAUGAAUAAAAUAUUGACGUUGAUGAUUGGCAUGCUACUCGUGGCAUCGCUUGGACAAAUUAAUAAUGUUGAAGGACAAGAUGAUUUUUUCGGCAGACCACCACCGCCAAUGAUCCCACCAACUUUGGCACCUCUUGGUCCUCCACCAUUACCACCUGCAACACAGCCUCCCAUGCCACCACCGACACAAAUGCCACCCACUCCAGGACCACUUGGACCACCACCAUUUUGAUUUCCUUGUUCUGAAUCAAGCUGUUAAAACUAUUUAAUGAAAUAAAUAAUUUUACUA